UUCCUUUUGAUUCCACAUUUAACAUCAUUGUCACUCUUUGUCUUGGAAAUUGGUUUUUUUUCAUUUUCUUUGUGUUUUAUUUGUUCAUUAAUCUUCUUAUAUUAUUCAAUCUAAUUCUUAAUUGAUCAUGUCUCAAGUUGCUACCGAAGGUAAAGUUGUUGGUAAAGGUGAAGAAUCUUGCUUUCUCUCGGCAACUACUCCACCCCCAGUUUAUUGGGCUCAAAGAAAAAAUCUGGUUUAUGUAAGAAUUGCCUUGGAAGAUUGUGUUAACCCGGUCAUUAAAGUUGAAAAGCAAUCAAUUUAUUUCAAGGGUAAAGGUGGUGUUGAUAAUAAAGAAUAUGAAUGUGACCUCAAGCUUUUUGGAGAAAUUAAAACCGAAGAAUCUAAAUAUAGUGUCAGAGGACGAGGAAUUGAAUUUGUUUUAUUCAAAGUCGAUGACAAAGGUCCUUAUUGGAAAAGAUUGAGCGCCGAAGAUAAAAAAUUCCAUUGGAUUAAAAUAGAUUUUAACAAGUGGAAAGAUGAAGAUGAUUCAGAUGAUGAAGCCGGACCCAUGGGCGGCGGAGGAGGAGGGGGAAUGGGUAUGCCAGGGGCUGGUGGAGACUUUGAAGAGAUGAUGAGACAGAUGGGUGGCCUAGGUGGCGUUGAUGGCUUAGAUGAGAUGGAUGAUAAUGAGAAAGACUCAGAUGAUGAGCCAAUACCAGAUUUAGAGGAUUGAAAUUAUGGAAAAAUUUGUUAAUCAUUUUCACGUUCCAGGUUCUAAGCUUGUCAAGCCAAUUCCAAUCACUGAAAUCGUUUGAAUUUUUGGUCCUACUUUCAUUACUCUGAAGCCUUAGAGCUAAAUUAAAAUAUUAAACAAUAAAAAUUGAUUUGACAAAAUGGAAUUGAAGUGAAAAGUAUAUCUGAAAUAAGUGAAGGAAAGUGAUAAGCGAAAAAAUAGAUAAUAGAAUAUUUGAAUUUUAUAUGAUUUUAAUAUUAUUGAUUUUAUUUAUUUAUUUAUAAGACGCGAUCAGUUAAGAAUUUGUAGCGGAUUAAAGCAAAUAUUACGAGAAAACAAUCUUUUCGUCAAAAAUGUAAUUGGCCCUGAAAAGGGCCGUUUUGUUGGUAUAUAAAUGAAAUUAAGGAAAAAGGAGAAUAGGAAAAGGGGACAUCAUAGAGAUAUAGAAAAAGAAAAGGGAGAAAAGAAAGAAA